AUGCAUAACGAUGGGGUCAAUAACGAUGGAGUCGAGGAUAAAAUAAGAUGCACAUUUGAGGAUGAUUCCCAAGUGCCAAGAAAACUUCAAAUGUCAACUCUUGCAAUGAAAUCAGACAUCGGAGAAGAGCAUUCCAUUCGAGCAUUGCAUGUGGGUGACCAAGCCCCAAGAAUUCCCCGUGACAUUUUUCCCAGCAGAUUUCAAUACAAUUUGACGCGACACAGAACAUCCCUAACGGUAAUAGGCUUGGAACUGGCAGUGUGUACUUUCGCUAUUAUGCUCGCUUGUAAGACUAAGGAUAGAAACAAAAUCGUCCUAGCCACACUUUCCACGGUGGGUCUUGGAGGGUUUGCUGUUAUUAUAACCGCAUUACUCAUUUCUGAUAAGAUGCGCAAGCUGACCGUGACCAGGACAAAUACAAUACAGUUUAUGAAAGAGGUAGCAACCAUAAGACCAGGAAUCGAAACACAGGAGUGGGAUGUUAUAGCCGCUCGAAUGAAUCUAGUUUUUUACAGCGGCAACUCAUCGGUAACCCCUUAUUUUUUUUAUGAUGGAGAGUCUUGUUAUUCUUUCUUUAAGACUGCCUAUCUCCUUCCAUAUCUGAGAAGAAAAACCCCCAAUUGGUUUGUUAUAGAUACCAUUGAUGAACUUCAACCUUUGAUUGACCAAGUUUUGAAAGAUUACGAAGAAAGAGUGAACAACGACUGGCAGCGUAUCCUAAAUGAGGGGACAUCAGUCGAAAACCAAGCCAUGGACGUUUAA